AUGUUCUCUCAAAAGGUUGCCCAGCAGUCGCUGCGACGGCUUGCCGUCCAACAGCCGAACCUCAUGCAGUCAAUGGUGAUGCGCGCUUCUCCCGCCGCCAUUGCGUUCGGCAACGCCCAGAAGAGAUCCGUCACCUCUUCCCCCAACACUGAGGACCCCACCCAGAUCCUGGCCAAGCAGCGCCUUAACCGCCCUGUCGCCCCUCACCUGAGCAUCUACAAGCCCCAGAUCGGCUGGAUCGGUUCCUCCCUGCACCGUAUCAGCGGUGUCGCCCUCUCCGGCACUCUCUACCUGUGGGCCGCCGCUUACCUCGCCUCGCCCACUCUUGGCUGGCACUUGGAGUCUGCCUCCAUGGUUGCUGCCAUGGGUGCUCUCCCCGUUGCCGCCCAGGUUCUGCUCAAGACCACCUUGGCCCUUCCCUUCACUUACCACUGCAUGAACGGUCUCCGCCACUUGACCUGGGAUCUCGGCCGUGCUCUGUCCAACCCUGCUAUUAUCCGCUCCGGUUGGGCCGUUGUUGGCCUGAGCGUUACCAGCGCGGUUGCUCUUGCUUUCCUGUGA